AUGGCCGCAAAUUUGAAAGAUAUGGAAGGUUGGCAAAUAGUCAACGUGGAUGAGACCGGGAAGAUCAUCAAUGAAAAUAGGACCAGACGUUCACGUACAGGAAACCGUAUUAAGAGCACUUUUCUUCAAAGGAUUUCUGAUGGACUUAGCUUUGGUGUAGGAGAUAAUGUCAUCACACAUGAUAGUGUAACCCAAACAUAUUCCGUAUAUCUUGUUCAUGAAAUUAGGCAAAAUACUGUGAAGUCGCUAGUGGAAAUUUGGGCAUUCUCUUAUCUUCGAUGGUUUGAAUUAAAUGGGGCUAAAUACUUCUCACAAUUUGAUCCAAGAAUGCUUGAAAAAUAUCCUAAUACCAAGGAGCUUAACCAACAGCUCUUUAAAGUGUUAGAUCAUCAUGAACUGUUCCUAACUGCAGAAUUGGUAGAGUUUAAUCUGUCUGAUUUCAUCGACCUCGCUACAAUCGUAUCAGAGAAGGACUACAAGAUUGGAAAGGCUAUACCUGACAAAGACUUCGCUGUGAAAUAUAUUUGUGAACCAACAGGUGAAAAUUUCGUCAAAAUAAAUAUUUCUCAUGAGUUGAAACUUAUCAAGCAAAUGCCUACAAAACAAAGCGAUGAGCAUUUGAAAAGAUUAUCAACACAGCAUAUAAGACCUGUUUCAAUCCCUACUAACUCUUCCAAGAAGAUACCGUUGCAGGCUACCCCUAUAUUAACUAAUGGGACACCUUCCUUAACAGCGGUGACUGUGGCUAGUUCAGGUGGUGACGACGCCGAAGACAUUAAUGAUGACCUUCCAUUAUCUUCCAAUCGCCGUCGUCGGAGACCCAAGUCAUAUGCAUUUUCACAGUCGACUGAUUCAGAUGACACAAGUUCACAAAAACGUAAUUCAGCAGAUGUUUCUAGGAACAACAUGAAUGACUCUAAUGUUAUUUCAGCCAAUAGCCCUGAAAAUGGAAAAGAAACAAUUGGUAAUAAAGAUCCUAAAGAUAGAGAAGAAACAAUUGAUAAUAAAGAUCAUAAAAAUGAACACACAGCAGUAAUAAAUUUACUCGAUAUCCAGGCUCCUGAUGUAUAUAUACGGCCUACUUCCGAGGGGCCAAUACUAAUUAAAAAGCAAAGUAAUCUUGCUAACCGAUCCACCAAAACUGCCGAAAAUACGACAAAACCUAAUGUAUUAUCAGAAAGUAAUAAUUUGCAUAAUAUUCCAGAACAAAAUGAUAAAGUAACGAAGAAAACACCGUCCCUCUUUGUGGAGGAUAUCGAUGAUGAUAGCUCAGUUGAAUCAGAUAAUAUAUAUAGAGAAAUAAAGGAAGCUGGCCCUGAGUUUCCAAAUAACUCCACUGCUGCGUCCGUAGAACCACAUGGGAAUACUUCAGGUGUUCAAUCCAACUCUGAUGCCGAAAGUGUAAAUUCUUUCCAUGAAACACAUACAUAUUUACCUUCAGAAUAUGAUAACUUACCUUCCAGUUCAUUAGAGCCAAGUAAUAAUACCAAAAGGAAAUUACCCCAGGAAUCAGAAGAUAUCCAAGAAAUACAUGAUAAACAACCUGAAAAGAAGAAAUCUUUAUCUGCACCUAAGCUAGAUGACAAAAAUGACAAAAAUUCGAAUAAUGAAAAUGUAAAUAGGACGUCAACGAUGGAGAAUACCAGUAAAACUCUCCAAUCAACUACUUCUAAAGGGAAGCAAGGUUCAGCAGGAAGCGUACUCAUAAACCCAUCCACUUUUAAAUUGAUAAAAACAAAUUAUGAUAAAACAUUGGAAUUAAUAAAUAAUUUUCAAAACGUGAAUGUUCCAAGUACUGAACUACAAUAUACCAAAACAUCUGAUGGUAAAGACAAUACACCAAGCGCCAUAGGUACAAUGAUGAAGUAUGACCCCGAAGUUACAUCUGAAAACGACAAACAAACAUUAUAUAGUCAAAUUAAAGGAUCAUCGAAUAAACUCUCGAUCGAAUUAAAAUUAAGAUCGAUCACAAGAAAAAAGGAAGGCUUAUCUGACGUUUGUAACGUAUUUGUUGAUAUUUAUUAUGACCUAUUUCUUAGGAUCAGGGCAUGUACGCCUUGGUUACUUUUUUGUACCACAAAGAAAGCUAUUAGUGCUGAAUAUGUCUUGCAAGAAGUUUUUACUGAAUUAUCAUUAUCAUACCGUAUGAAGGAACUUCAGCCAUUCAGUUGGACACAUAUCUAUCCAAUUGCAAAUCCAACAAUAGCGUCUUUGAUUACACAAAUAUGGAAAAAUAUUUCUGGUGAAUUUUUACAGGCAAAACAAGCUAUUGGAGCCUUAUUCCAUUUUUGCAAAAACGUUCCAAUUGCAAGGAAGAAAUAUCUUAUUAUUGUCAUACACAAUUUCGAAUCAAUACUGAAUUCUCCGAAUCAUAGUCAUCUUAUUGAUGUUUUAAUGAAGUUGGUCCAAUUUCCAAAUUCUAAAUUGUCUAUAAUUUGCGUUGGCAAUGAGACACCACAGUUAUUAAAAUUAUUUCCAAACAAGACAGAUAACGAAAUAUGGAGUAUUAUAAACCUUUCAACUUACCCAACUAAUGCUAUUAAAAUGGUGAUUCAUUCGAUCUUAUAUAAUAAGUUUUUUGGAACUUUUUUUGUUAAGCAGGAAUCGGAAUCAUCUAGUUGGUCAAUCAGGAAUCUUGAUUCAUUAAUAACUACACCCAUAGAGUACAAAACUGCUGUAUCGAAGGCAGCCAAAGAUGGAUAUAUUACUAAACAUGUUAAAAUUACAGCGGAAGAGACUCAAGAAAUAAUUUCGCUAUUGGAAUCUCAUGCAACUUAUUACGACGAACUUUUGAAUAACUGUAAAAAAGCCAUAUUUAUUGCAAAAUGGACUUACGUAAAAGGUUUAACUAAUAAAGAGAUUGGGCCUAAUGAUGAUGCAUUUUUGAUUCAAUCUAACGUUCAAUCAGUAAUCGAUUCAGUAACUACAGCAACCGUAUUUGAGAGGGUGGCAUCAUUACCUGCCAUCAGCAGAUUAUUAUUGAUAUCGUCAUUAUUAGAUGAUGAUGGGAACAUUUCAAAUGGGCCCACUGUGCUCCAUUUUUCUGAAAUGAAGAAUCGAAUGAUAAAAUACAUAGAUAGUUAUGAAAAUACACCAACAAUACAGCAAAUUAAAAGUGCUUUAUCACCUAAUCCAGAUGAUUUAAAUGAAAUAAUAGAAUCAGUGAAUUGGCGAUUCUUAUUUGGAAAAUUGAAGAUCUUAGGUCUAAUUAAUUUUUCGAUGAAGAAUGAGGAGGAUGUAAAUAGUAUUUUUUUCACUAUUCUAUGCAAUAGACAAGCAUUAAAAUCAUCUUUACAAACAUGUGGUUCCACAACAAAUACUAUACCAAAAGUUCCAAUACCGUCUUAA